AGUCCGAUUCCUCGUGCGCUCGCUGCUCGUUCGCGUGUUUUUUUUACGUGGCCGAGUUGUGCUCACCGGCUACUUAAGUAGCGGCCUCUCAUAAUACUCACGCGCUGACUGGCGAUUUUUCGUCGCGACUCGCGAGCCCCCGUGUCGCAGAGUACAGCUACCUAUCAACGAAUAUAGACUUCAUAUAGAAGAACGGAAAACUGCGAAAAUGGGCGACCAAGCCGACGUAGUUACACCACCCCCCGUCAUGUGGGCUCAGAGGAGUAAUCUUCUCUUUGUUACCAUUUGCCUCGAGGACUGCAAAAACCCGACCAUCAGAAUCGAGGCGGACAAAGUGUAUUUCAAAGGUGUUGGUGGAACAGAAAAGAAGGAACACGAAGUCACCAUAAACUUGUACAAAGAAAUCGACUCAGACAAGGCAGUACAGAGUCCAAAAGGCAGGAACUUUGAAUUGGUUCUGUACAAAAAAGAAAGUGGACCUUUCUGGCCACGACUGACCAAGGAAAACAAAAAGUUCCACUGGCUGAAGAGCGACUUUAACAAAUGGCAAGAUGAGGAUGACAGUGAAGAAGAAGGUGGAAACAUGGAUCCCAAUAGUUUGGAAGAGAUGAUGCGCCAAAUGGGAGGCCUUGGUGGUGGUGGUGUAGGUGGCGGUCUUGACGGUAAACCAAACUUUGAUGACCUGGACAUGGGAGAGGAUGCCGAUGAACCUGACAGUGACGACGAUGAAAUGCCAGACUUGGAAUGAAGACUUUAAUAACAUUAAAAGUUUAAUCCCAUCAAAAGAAGUCGGGGCCUAUGAGAAAUUGUUGCAUCGCGAGAUCGGGAAUUUAAAUUAGGCCAUGUUGUUUGAAUUUUCGAUUGCAAAUAAUUUUUGCAAUUGCGCGAUAGCCAAGUCGGCACCAGUGAGCGAGCCCCGAAAAAAGCAUAUUGAUAAACUUACUGAUGUAAACGUACAUCGAUGGCAAGCUGACAGUAAACACGCUCUGUAAAGGUCCAUCCCUCAUACCCUUGUAAUUCCCGUUAGCCUUUAGUUUAUAAACUAAGUUAUAUGAUGAAGAAGAAGCUUUUUUAAUGAUGAUUGAUUAAAUGUGUAAAAUGAA